AUGGAUGUCUUAGUGACUGAUUCUCUUUUCUACGAAGUCAUUUUCCUUAUUGCCGGAUUUUUCGGAACUUUUCUGGGAAUAUCUGUAAUUAUCAUUGUGAUUACCCAAUCGCCAGAAAGUAUGAAGAGCUACAAACGAUUCAUCAUCAAUUUUACGGUGGGAAUUUUGGAGAAAACAUGAUUUUUUUGAAAUUUUAUUCACGUACUAUAUUUAAAUGGAACAUUUAUGUCAUUUUUUAGUUGUUUGACAUGCUUUUCGCAUUCACAAUGGGAGUCCUGGUGAAGCCGGAUCCUUUGUUUCCGUUUACUGGAGCCGUGAUUAACGGGCUUUUCAAGUAUUUGGGAGAGCAAGGCGCUGUGAUCUCGGUAGGUCAUCAGAAUUGUCAGCCAGGGUUAAAAAGAAAUCAAAAAGUCAUACUGAAGAUUACAGUGCCGGACCUGAUCCAAAGACAAAAAAUUUUCUAUUAGUUUUUUCAGUUGGAGAGGGAAGCAUUUUGCCACAUUUUUGAUACUUCCCGGAUGCAAAAUUGUACGUUUUUUGCUACUGGGUCAGGUCCGUCAAUGUGGAUGGAUAUUUUUAGGACGUUGCAAUAGUCAACACUGCCGGCUACGCAGUGUCCACUCAAUGCGCCUGUAUCAUCUAUCGCUUCGCUGUUCUCCAGCCCAACCCCAAAUUCCUGGACUUCGUCUUGUCUUGGAUAGAGGUGGCAAUCGGGCCGGGCCGGGCCGAAUUUUGCGGCCCGGCCCGCGGGCCGAAGUGA